AUGGACUUGGCGUGCCUCUGGCUGGGGCUGCUGCUGCCUUCCGUAGCUGCGCUGGAUUUCACCUACCACCACCAGGACGACAUGGAAGCGUUUUUGAAGACCGUUGCCCAAAACUACAGUUCUAUCACUCACUUACACAGUAUUGGGAAGUCUGUGAAAGGUAGAAACCUGUGGGUUCUUGUUGUGGGGCAGUUUCCAAAGGAACACAGAAUUGGGAUCCCAGAGUUCAAAUACGUGGCAAAUAUGCAUGGAGAUGAGACUGUUGGGAGGGAACUGCUGCUCCAUCUGAUCGAAUAUCUCGUAACCAAUGAUGGGAAAGACCCUGAAAUCACAAAUCUGAUCAAUAGCACCCGGAUACACAUCAUGCCAUCAAUGAACCCGGAUGGAUUUGAAGCAGUCAAAAAGCCUGAUUGCUAUUACAGUAAUGGAAGGGAAAAUUAUAACCAGUAUGACCUGAAUAGAAAUUUCCCCGAUGCUUUUGAAUUUAAUAAUGUAUCAAGGCAGCCUGAAACUGAGGCAGUCAUGAAGUGGCUGGAAACGGAGACAUUUGUCCUUUCUGCAAACCUCCAUGGUGGUGCCCUUGUGGCCAGUUACCCGUUUGAUAAUGGUGUUCAAGCAACUGGGACAUUCCUCUCCCGAAGCUUAACUCCUGAUGACGAUGUUUUUCAAUAUCUUGCACAUACCUAUGCUUCAAGAAAUCCCAACAUGAAGAAAGGAGAUCAAUGUAAAAAUAAAAUGAACUUUCCUAAUGGCGUUACAAAUGGAUACGCUUGGUAUCCACUCCAAGGUGGAAUGCAAGAUUACAACUACAUCUGGGCCCAGUGUUUUGAAAUUACAUUGGAGCUGUCAUGCUGUAAAUAUCCUCGUGAGGAGAAGCUUCCAUUCUUUUGGAUUGAUAACAAAGCCUCAUUAAUUGAAUAUAUGAAACAGGUGCAUCUAGGUGUAAAGGGUCAAGUUUUUGAUCAGAAUAGAAAUCCAUUACCCAAUGUAAUUAUAGAAGUCCAAGACAGAAAACAUAUCUGCCCCUACAGAACUAACAAAUUUGGAGAGUAUUAUCUCCUUCUCUUGCCUGGGUCCUAUAUAAUAAAUGUUACAGUCUCUGGACAUGAUCCACACCUCACAAAGGUGAUUAUUCCAGAGAAAUCCCAGAACUUCAGUGCUCUUAAAAAGGAUAUUGUACUUCCAUUCAGAGGGCAAUUGGAUUCUAUCCCAGUAUCAAAUCCUUCAUGCCCAGUGAUUCCUCUAUACAAAAAUUUGCCAAGCCACUCAAAUACAACAAAGCCUAGUUUGUUCUUAUUUUUAGUGACUCUUCUGCACAUAUUUUUCAAAUAAAGUAAAAUGUGAAACUCAACCCCCAUCACCACCUGGAAUCAGGGAUUACACAUGCCAGGUUACUGCAACCCUAGCUCCCUCUUGUGGAACCUCAACUGGAUAAGUUCCAUGGUCUUCCCUAAGAAGAGAAAUGGCUGUGUCCCAGUCCUGCAAUAAGCAACAUGUGGUGAUAAUGAAAGGAAUGAUUCAGCCUUGAUGAUGAAAUGAAGACAGCUCCCUAUCAAGUACUGCCUAUUUACACUUAAUCUUGAAGAAGUCUUAGAAAUUUGAAAGAAGUUAAACUUGAGAAGCAAAAAAAGUUCUUGCAAAAGAAAAAAGAAGCUAAUUUUGUAUACAGAGAGCCAGAUAAAUGUAAGCAAUAAAGAUGAACAUGUAUUGAUCACCUACUAUAUACAAGACCUUGCCGUGAGUGCUAUACGUGAGGAAAUGGUAUGUGCCAUACAUAAUUAGUUCUCAGUGAAGGGGAAAGUGAUCAUAAGACUGGGAAUAUUUAGUUUUCCAAAUGUUCUAAGGAGAUAUGAGAAAAAAUAAGCAACCACAUCUCAAUGGCCCAAGAAAAUAUGGGCCAAAAUAUGGGCCUGAUGGGAUGACAAGGUUGCAUCUACAGAGCCCCAAAGUAACAGGUCAAUUAAGGAAGUCUCUCUUCCUACAGAACCAGUGUCCCUGCCUGGAUGCCACGGUCCUCUGUUGGUGACACCCAAAUGUGUCAGUCUAGCCUCCUGCCUGCAUUACACAUGCACAUCUGACUGCACCGGACAUAGCCACCCGGAUGUGACUUAUAGGUACCUCAAACUCAUCAUGUCGGAAUUUGAGUGUACUUUCUUCCCUAGAGCUGUUCAUCCUGCUAUAUUCUCUAUCUCAAUUACUGGUACCACCACGCUAGAAACCUGGGAGUCAUCCUUGGUACUUUCCCUCCUUCAUCCCAUAUAUUCAGUUGGUCACUGAACAUUGGUGUUAAUUAUAAAUGUUGAUGAAUUCUC